CCCCCCAUUGCCUUUCAGCAUUAAACUGAAAAGAUGUCCCUGUAUGACGACCUGGGGGUGGAGACCAGUGACUCCAAAACGGAAGGCUGGUCCAAAAACUUCAAACUUCUGCAGUCUCAGCUUCAGGUGAAGAAGGCGGCUCUCACUCAAGCAAAGAGCCAGAGGACCAAACAAAGCACAGUCCUUGCCCCAGUAAUCGACCUAAAGCGAGGUGGCUCUUCAGAUGACCGGCAGAUUGUGGACACCCCGCCUCACGCAGCGGCCGGCCUCAAGGACCCUGUACCCAGUGGGUUUUCCGCAGGAGAGGUUUUGAUUCCUUUAGCUGAUGAAUAUGACCCUAUGUUCCCUAACGAUUACGAGAAAGUAGUGAAGCGCCAAAGAGAAGAACGACAGAGACAACGGGAGCUGGAAAGACAAAAGGAAAUAGAAGAGAGAGAAAAGAGGCGUAAAGACAGACAUGAAGCUAGUGGGUUUUCAAGGCGACCAGAUCCAGACUCUGAUGAAGAUGAAGAUUAUGAGCGAGAGAGGAGGAAAAGAAGUAAGGCGGGCAUAAAUACCAUGUUUCAAACACGGUGCCAUUCCACUAUUGCUUUUCAUAUUCAAUUUGGUAAAUACACAGUCACACUGACCUGUUCUCUGUUAUCAGUACCCCGAGAAUUUCCUUAUGAAGAGGAUUCAAGGCCUCGCUCCCAGUCUUCCAAAGCUGCUAUUCCUCCCCCAGUGUACGAGGAGCAAGACAGACCCAGAUCUCCGACGGGACCUGGCAACUCCUUCCUUGCCAACAUGGGUGGCACCGUAGCACAUAAAAUCAUGCAGAAGUACGGCUUCCGGGAAGGCCAGGGGCUUGGGAAGCACGAGCAGGGGCUGAGCACAGCGUUGUCGGUCGAGAAGACGAGCAAGCGAGGAGGCAAGAUCAUUGUGGGCGAGGCCAUUGAGAAAGAUGCAGCCAAGAAGUCAGAUUCAAAUCCAUUAACUGAAAUACUUAAGUGUCCUACUAAAGUGGUCCUACUAAGGAACAUGGUUGGUGCAGGAGAGGUAGAUGAAGACUUGGAAGUUGAAACCAAGGAAGAAUGUGAAAAAUAUGGCAAAGUUGGAAAAUGUGUGAUAUUUGAAAUUCCUGGUGCCCCUGAUGAUGAAGCAGUACGAAUAUUUUUAGAAUUUGAGAGGGUUGAAUCAGCAAUUAAAGCUGUCGUUGAUCUGAAUGGGAGGUAUUUUGGUGGACGGGUGGUAAAAGCAUGUUUCUACAAUUUGGAUAAAUUCAGGGUCUUGGAUUUGGCGGAACAAGUUUGAUUUUAAGAAACUAGAGCACGAGCUGCAAGCUGAAGUGAGCAGAGAAGAAAAGGCAGCAGGCAGCCUACAUGGCCGUUGGGCACAGAGACUCUUGGAAGGACUGCUAAAUAUAUGUUGAUUGAUCCCUUUUUUAUUUUGUGGUUUUUUAAUAUAGUAUAAAAAUCUUAAAAAAAAAACAAAAACAAUCUGUGUGCCUCUCUGGUUGUUUCUCUAUUUUAUUACCACUUCUGAGGUGAUUACCUUUUUUUUGCCAGGAUUUCAUGAUAAUUCUCAAGUGCUUCAGUGAUAACAGCAUUUCUUGCACUAAAAAAGAAACCUAGAAAGUUUUGGGAUGUGGGGUUGUAUUAAGUUAUCCUUUUCUUUCUUUCAUUCUUUUCUGACUCAUUUUAAUAAAAACCUGCAAGUUACUAAACUCUAUCUUCAUAAAUUCUAUAAUAAAGUAUCAUCUUGGCAUUCUGCCAAAGGUGAAAAUGUCUGCUUUCUCUAACAGAGAAAUUCUUAUUAUUGACUCCAAUCAUAGAAAACUCUUUACGACCUGAGCUAAGGUUGAAGAAUUGUGAACCUACCAUGACCUGUAUGGAUGAAUAAUUUUUUAUUAAGUCAGACUGUAGGGUUCGUGAUGGAUUUAGGGUAUAGAAUACAUGAAUCUAGCAUUUGUUUUCAGAGAUUCAAGCAUAGCUUUUAGCGUAGAUCAGAAAUGACAAGUUAAUUCAGAACCUCACGGAUAUAUUGUAAAUGCGUGCUCAUAAUGUUUUGGAAAUGGUAGUUCCUUGGGGUCACAUUUCUACUGGCAAAAUUUGCAGUAGUGUUUAGUUCUUAUAUGUAAUUUUAAAAUUUAUAAAAUUUAGCCACAUCAGCUACUUAAACUGUACUGCCAAUUAAUAUAAUUCCAGAAUUACAAAAAAUUGUACCACUGAAUUGCAGUGGUAUAUGUGGCCUUUUGCAGGAUCAUGCAAAAGAAAAGGUGAAAAUAUUUGGUACUGAGGUUCAUUGCCAGAGCGGGAAGUAUUUCCAGAAUAUACUUUUGCCUGUGUUGUGUUCCCUGCUUGCCCAAAUAUUGCAUGUGACUUUCCUGAGGUGGCAACUGAAGGACAUGCACCUAUGUUGUCGCUCUAGGUUAUUAUGACAUGAAAGUGUGUUAUGACCCUUCGGGGGAAGAAAGCAGUCAACAUUUCUUUGCAUCCAUGGACUCGGUUUCGAGACAUAAGGAAUAUUCUGACCCUUUUUAAAAAAGGAUUUUCUCAUGUUUUUAUUUAACAUAAAUAAAAGAACGUUUUUUC